UCGGAAUUCUCAAUUUUGUAAAUUAAUUUUAUUCAGUUUGACCCAUUUUCUAGAAGUUUCUAACAUUUUCCCCUCAGGCCAUUUUCCCUUUCGCCAUUUUCCCAUUUUUAUCAUUUCUCCCUUUAUUUGCUUGUCACUUAUUCAAAAAUGCCCAUUUUACCCAACCAACAUUUCCUUUUAUUAAAUAAUUGCCUCAUGUUUUCUUUAUUUACAUAUUUGCUGCUUAUCUUCCGCUUUGUCUUUACUGCCCAUUGUAGAUAGCGCAAUAAAUAAGCCUGCCCCAUUUAUUGGGGAAAACACUGCAAUUUUGCAACUAAAAUUUCUUUCAUUUCCUUGUCGUUGCUUAUUUUCCACCAAAUUUUCUUUUUUAUUUUUUUCAUCUUUUUAGUCUGUUUAGCAAAAUGGAAUUUGACCAAAUGGAAAAAAUUAGUUUAAAAGAUUUUGGACGGCGCUUGGCUCUUUUGCUUCAAGAGAAAUAUGGUGGAUAUGAAUCUCUAGAAGAACUAAUCAAGGAAUUCAAGGGAUUUCAUCAAUUCGACCCUGAACAGAAGGCGAUAUUACUCGGCUUUUCAUCUCUUCAACAAUUAUUGCAUUCUAGAGAAAUGUUUGAGUAUGUUAAUGUGCUUACAACAACAAAGGAGAAUGGAGAGAGGGUGACAAUUUAUACUGGCAGACAUCUCGACGGUGUAAAUGCAAUUAAACAAGCAAAACGGUUGGAGAUGCAGGAGAUUGAAAAAAGGUUUUCAUUCCUUCUUUAUUCAUAUUUUUACUUAUCUAGACGAAAGCAGAAGCAAUUUUGGCAACAGAGGAAUCAAUUUUGGCAGGAAGAAAUUGAUCGGAUGGACGAAUCUCAAAAAGAAAAUCAACGACCAAACAAAAAUAAUUCUUGUAAUAACCCAGCAAAUCAACAGUCGAGUCGAAAUACGGUUAAAAUUAAAUAUUUUUAA